AUGUCGGGUAUCAUCACGGAGCCUAUGUUCCUUGAAACUGUCCCAAAAGUGUCCGGAAGCUACAAGCUUGGUUCGAUCCAAGCCCUUGUGGUCGCCAUUUACGAGAUCGGUUGUCUGAUUGGCUCUUUGAUCAUCAUCGGACAUGGUGAUAAGCUAGGUCGCCGACGAGCAGUGCUGAUCGGUGCUACGAUCAUGCUUGUCGGGACAGCUAUUCAGACGUCCUCUACAACAUUGGUACAGCUCAUCGUAGGUCGCAUAGUCACAGGUGCCGGUAACGGCAUGAACGCUUCCAGUGUUCCCGUCUGGCAAUCUGAAAUGGCACCUCCCAAGAUUCGUGGUUUCUUGGUACUCUUCGAGGGCGCACUGAUCACCUGCGGAGUCAUGAUCUCUUACUGUAUCAACUACGGCUUUUGGUUUUGCAAUGCCAGCUUUUUCCAAUGGCGCUUCCCAGUCGCGUUCCAGGCAUUCUUUGGCAUCAUUCUCAGGAUAUUACUGAAGGAGGUUACUCAGAUCAUGGCACGUCUCAAACAAUGCGGCACCGAUGACGAGGAACUGCAGAAAGAGGUCAAAGGGCUGAAGAGGAUCAAUGAGAUUACAUCGGGAUCGAAGCUCACUGUCAAGGAAUUUUUCUCGAAUGGUCCCGACAUGAAUCUCUGGCGCGCCUCCGUCGCAUUUGCUGCCCAAGCACUCCAGCAAAUCGGUGAAAUUAAUUCCGUGACCUACUGUAAGGCUCUCCAGAACAUGAAGAACACACUUGCGUAA